AUGGCCGGUCGCUCGGUAGUCUUGGCAGUUGCAUGCGCCUUGCUUGCUUUCGGCACUCACUGCGCUGCGUACGUGGCUUCAUCUCUCUACCCUCGGUCGUUACGUACCCCAGCUGCGAACUGCACGUCCCCUGAAUCCGAGACGGGACACUUACAAAUGAUCACUUAUGUCAAGCGCAAGUCUUCUUUCACGCGGGAAGAGUUCUGUGACUACUGGGAGACACAACACGCGCCAAAAGUAGCACCACUGGCGGAAGCCUUCAAUGUUCGACGGUAUCAGCAGGUUCAAGUAGGCGGCCAGAUUCUGCCCACACUCAAUGGUGCGGAACCGGCCUCCUCGGAACUUGUUGAGUUCGACGGCAUCGCCAUGUUUCUCUCGCCAUCGAGCGAUACACUAGUGCAGAUGCUAGCACACCCAUAUUACCUCGAGGUGGUAGCGGUUGAUGAGGCUGUCUUUAUUGAUAAGGAAGCCUACAAUAGUAGCAUGGUAGCCACUUUUUCAGGGAGACAUGUUGAUGUUGUAGAGAAUGAUGCCGAUGUUUGGGUGGGCAAUGAGACAGUCAGAGAAAAGUAUAGGGAAUUGUUCGCUGACUAUGAUACUUGA